AUGAAAAGAAAGUCGGAGGCUCAGAGCACGCGAUAUGCGACUUCCCUAUCCCUCCUGUUCUUGCUGAUCUACCGAUCGACCCCCACCAUCAAAUUAAGCCACGAAGAGCUAAGUAGAGAGAUGGAAUUGGCUACGAAGGCUAUGGAAUUUGCGAACAGAGCAGCGAGCAACAACACAGUAAUCAACAUAUUCCUUGUGGGCGCGUUCGGAGGAUUGGCAGUUAGAUCAUUGAACCAACAAAGACAGAUCGAAUCCCUAGAAUCUCAAAGGGAUUCGCUUGUGAAAUCCAACAAAUCAAUGCGACAAACCAUUUGGGAUUGGAAGCAAAAGCUCUAUACCGAGGCUGAGGCUGAUAAAAAACCAAUUGUUCCACUCUCAAAACUCAAGUCGAUUUAUGGCGAAGUCCCCACACUCCCCCAAUCUGCUGGAAUUGGCGAGAAGAAAGACGGAAAAGCAUCUGCAACUAAAAUCGUUGAGGUGAGGCUGUUGGUGGAACCACGAGCACUUCAUAUUCAUGCUUACAGUUCUUCUAUAUUCAUCUGUGUUAAUCGUUGGCGAUGCAUCAAUAUCAUGUGUAUCACUGGGAGCAACAAUGUAUUUAGAAGAAUUAUCUCUAUAUACGGGUCGAGCUUUUGUUUUGAAGAUUGCGCGUUAUGUGAGCCAUGGUUUUAUAAGAAACUUGAAUCAUAUUAUUGA